AUGUUCUCAAGAGCCUCAUCUUCCGCUCGCUCGCUCUUCCAAAGAUCAAGCUUGUUUUUCAAAGAAAACAAUGCUGGUAAGAAUUUCGAAAAAGUGACAAAGAGAUUCAAGUCAAGUGGUGAAAGAGAGAAAUAUUUCAACGAAUAUGGUACCAGACCAGAAUAUUUACAAAACAAGAGAAAGACUUCAUUCAUGCCUCUCUUCUUCCUUGCCGGAUUCGUGCCAUUGGUUUUAACGCCUAUGGUUAUCGAUUGGUGGAUUAGAAGUGAUCGUCAAAAUGGUGAUGAAAACUUGAAGGAAUAUUUGCAACAAAAGGCUGUGAAGGAAGAAAUUAAAAAGGACAAAACCAAUCAUCAUGAGGACGUUACUGUUGCUUCAGCAAAGAAGCCAGAAGUUAGUAAAUACAAAUAUGUAUUAAUUGGUGGUGGAACAGCAUCAUAUGCUGCUUUGAAGGCUAUCAGAAAGAACGACCCAUCAGCCAACGUUCUUAUUGUUACAGUUGAGGAAUAUGCUCCUUAUGAACGUCCACCUCUCUCAAAGGAACUCUGGGAUUCACCAAAGAGUGAGGAAUUAAAGUUUGUUAAUUGGCUCGGUCAAGAAACCUCAGUUGAAUAUGAACCUGUUUCUGCUUAUGAGAAGGACGAAAAUAUUACCCUCCUUACCAAGACUAAAGUAGUUCAAUUGGAUACUCAUAACCAAACUAUUUUGGCCUCUAACGGAAAGCAUUAUACUUAUGAAAAGUGUCUCAUUGCUACAGGAGGUACUCCAAGAGAAUUGCCAGGUAGUGACCAAUUCCCAGACAAGGUAACCACUUUCAGAACCAUUUCUGACUAUAAGAAGUUGGCUGAAGUAGCCAAUAAGGAUAAUGCUCAUAUUCUCAUCGUCGGUGGUAGUUUCUUGGGUACUGAAUUGAGUUAUGCUGUUGCUAACAAGGUUAACAAGAAGAAGGGUUCAAAGGUCACCCAAGUUUAUCUUGAACCUGAUGUUUUGGCUCGUUGGCUUCCAAGAUACCUCAGUGAACGUGUUAGACAAACACUCAUCUCUGCUGGUGUCAAUUUGAAGCCAAAUACCAAUGUUGUCAGUGUUGAACCAAGUAAGGGAUCUGAUAGAGUCAUUGUUUCUUUGGAUAAUGGUGAAAAAUUGGAAGCUGACUUUGUUGUAACUACUACUGGUAUCUAUCCAAAUACCUAUGUUGCCGAAGAAGCUGGUUUGGAAAUUGAUCCACAAAACAGUGGUAUUGUUACCAACUCUCAAUUGGAAGCUGUUCAAAACGUCUUUGUUGCUGGUGAUGUAUUGAGCUACUAUGAUGUUGUUUUGGGUAGAAGAAGAUCUGAACACCACGAACAUGCUGAAGCAACUGGUAGACAUGCUGGUACUAACAUGUCUACUAGUGCCAAGAAGCCAUUCCACUACAUUAGUAUGUUCUGGAGUGAUGUUGGUAAUGUCCACUUCCAAGCUGUUGGUGAAGUUAACUCAUCUCUCGACACUUAUGCUGUUUGGAAUGAUGUUGUUAUCAAGCAAAAUGGUAGCUCAUGGACUACUUCUGCUUCUCCAGUUGUUGCCUCAAACUUUGGUAGUGGUGCUGUUUACUAUGUCAGAGACAAGAAGGUUGUUGGUAUCUUGUUGUGGAAUCUUCCAGAUAAAUUGGGUCACGCUCGUAAGGUUAUUUUGGAAAAGAAGCAAUAUACCUCAUUGGAAGAAUUGAAGGAUAAGAUUAAGCUUAAUUAAUUAUUUGGGUUGAUUAAUUUCCCUUAUUGUAUAUACAAAACUAUUUUUAU